CUCUGAGUCACUCCUCCGGAGCAGAUGCCGCCGGCUGGUGGAGCCUCGCCUGUCUGCGCGCCGCCGGGAGAAGGUGGGAGAUUUACGAAAGCGGUCCCCUUGAAUCUCCGCAAUGAACAUCCUGGCCCCUGUGCGGAGGGACCGGGUCAUUGGAGAGCUGCCCCAGUAUUUCACCAAAGAGGCAGCUCUGCAUGGCAGGACCUCCUUCCAUCCCAAAGUGGUGGGCACGUGCCAGGCACAACGGACGGGCACCGUGGGCAGGUUUAAAAUCUCCAAGAUCAUUGUGGUGGGCGACCUGUCGGUGGGGAAAACCUGCUUGAUUAACCGGUUUUGCAAAGAUACCUUUGAUAAGAAUUACAAGGCGACCAUUGGGGUGGAUUUUGAAAUGGAGCGUUUUGAGAUUCUGGGGGUGCCCUUCAGCCUUCAGCUGUGGGACACUGCUGGCCAGGAGCGCUUCAAGUGCAUUGCCUCCACCUACUAUCGGGGAGCACAAGCCAUCAUUAUUGUCUUUGAUGUGAAUGACGUGGCAUCGCUUGACCACACGAGGCAGUGGCUGGCAGAUGCCCUGAAGGAGAAUGACCCGUCCAACGUCCUCCUCUUCCUAGUUGGCACUAAGAAGGAUCUCAGUUCCGCUGCGCAGUACGGCCUGGUCGAGAGGGAUGCCCGGAAGGUGGCAAAGGAGAUGCAGGCUGAGUACUGGGCCGUCUCGUCGCUCACAGGUGAGAAUGUGCGGGAAUUUUUCUUCCGUCUGGCUGCGCUCACCUUCGAAGAGAGUGUGCUGGCCGAGCUGGAGAGGAGCAGCGUGCGCAGGAUCGGGGACAUUGUGCGGAUCCACGGGGACGAGCGGGACCUGUACUUGACGGAGAAGAGGAAGCGGAGCAAGUGCUGCCCGUGAGCGAGCGCCCCCGAGCAGCCCUGAUCUCCGCUGCCCCAGCAUUUGCACGGACUCACUUCUAGACCAAAGGGGCUGCCCCCUGGCGUGCAGGGGGCACCACCACAGGAGAGACAGACACAUCUCCCAGACGCUGCCAAACCAAAGAUUUCUUGUGGAGCCCCCCUUCCCGAACGCUCCCCUGUGCCUCGGACUCACCGCCACCUUCCCCCGCAAGGGCCCACCUUUCUCUUGGCACCAGCAAGCACAUGCCCUGCUUUGAGCCCCCAGAGCUGCAGCCGACGCCCCAGGGCUGCCCGGACUGUGCCAGCCACUUCCUCCUGCCUGAAAAAGAAAUGCCUUCCUUGCUUUUUCUA